AUCAUUAAUAUUUAGACAUCAACAUGAGAUCAUUGGUCGUAGUGUUUUUCUGCUGUGUAGCGGUGACUGCUGCUAGGAACAUCGAAGAACUUCUUCCCGAUUUCAAUAUCCUUAGAGGACCUCAAGGGAAUAAUGAUUGUGGGCCAAACGAAGUGUAUGACUGCGUAUAUCCAUGUCCUCCACUGAAGACUUGUGCAGACCGUGAAGACUAUGCUUGUCUUGAGGAAGUGAUGUUCUGUGAAUUCCAAUGUGUCUGCAAACCGGGAUUCUAUUUGAACAAACCGGGCGGCGAGUGUGUCACAGAAAAACAGUGCAACAAAUGUCCUGGUGAGCACGAACACUAUGCUUGCGGAGGGCCAUGCGACGAUGUUUGCAGCACACUACAUAUUCAGAACAAGACUACUUGUGCCUUCACUGAAUGCCAACCUUCUUGCUACUGUGAUGACGGAUACGCAAGAAAUGACUCUGGAAUCUGCAUAUCUAUUGAAGAAUGCUGAAUCAGAUUUUCUCCAAAUUUUAUGGCGGCUCGCAACUAACUUCAAAUAGUAAAAUUUAAAACUUAAAAAAUCUGCCUAAUUAUUCGCGCGAUGUUCCGUGAUGUCAUAUGGUUUAGCGAAUACCACCUACCUACAUGAAACACAACCUAUACAAACCAGUAAAUAACCACCAAACAAAAUAACAUUGAAUAGGUACUAUUUCUUUAAAUAACACCAAUAACCAUUCCAAGAAGAAAGACUAAGAACUUUCUUCCUAAGGAAGAUUGACUUGCUGUUUAAGAUACUUUGAGGUGUAGAAAGAAGUUCAUGCUAUGAUUAACCUUUAUAGUCCAAAAUAUGUUAUUGGAAUAUAGGUUCUAUGCAUGUAUUCGACAUAGUUAUUAGGUAACUAGACUAUACGCCACUUAAGUCUUCGGGAUUUAAGAAUCUGUUAAUCAUACAAGGUCAUCAUUAGGAAAUAAAGAUGAUUACUCAGUAGCUUAACAGAUAUUUUUAAU